AUGGACGAAAUGAUAAUUAAUUUACAAUAUAAUUCUGACUCGCCCAGUUGCACUGAUAGCGAAGACGUGGCUAAGAAGAAAAAAAGAGUUAAGAGAUUUGAACGAAUAAACCCCAUUUUGUCGAGUGACUCUGAAGAUAAAACAGGUAAUAUUAUAACAACUUGCGCUAUUAUUGAAACUCCUAUUGACCAAGUCUCACCAGUUAACCGUGAUAGAAGGAUCAUGGAACACAAUGGAAAAAUACUAAUCAAACAAACUGGAAAAGAAAUAAAGAGUUGGAGAAGAAACGAAAAUGUUUGCCAUAUAAGAGUAAAACUGGAAAGUUUCUUGCAGCUAAACUACCUAAAAGUCCUAAAUGCAGCCAAAAUUGUCGCCAGAAAUGCACAGAAAAGUUUACACAAAACGAGCGUGAGAAACUUUGCAACUCCUUUUGGUAAGCUGCAAAAAGAGUUUUUGCUUAAGCGCAUCAUCAUUAAGCCAGUGCAGACUACAAGAAAGUCUGUACCGAUCGAAAAACAAAGAAGUUCUAGCAGAGAAUACGGUUUCUAUAAAAAUAAGACUGUAUUUGAACGAGUAUGCAAGAACUAUUUUAUGUUCACUCUUUGCAUUUCUACUGGUCCAAUCGAAACUGCAGUAAAACAUGUGGAUGAUCAUGGUGUAUUUACAAAAAUGGAUAAUCGUGGCAGACAAGCGCCUGCAAACAAAACUCCUGGAGAACAGAUACAAGAGAUAUCACAAUGUGAUCGUGUAUGUCAUGCCUGUUGGUUGAGGUUUAAAGGACAAGCUCUUUUAACUCAACAACAGGAUGAAAGAAGAGGCUUAGAAGGUGAUGAGACUCUUCACAGUCAAACAAUUGAACAAGAAGUGGAACAGCCUGUUGAUGCAGUUCAAGUUACAGAAUUACAAUCUCCCCCGUUUCUUGCAAGUACAGAUGAAAGGGAAUCGUCUGUAGAAUCAGUUGCAGCUCCAGAGAUUCAUUCGCAACAAUCUCAAACCCAACAAUCAACGCCAAAUUCUACACAACUCACCCAACCCCUUGAUGUCGCAUUCUUUGGAUCCUUGAAAAAGACUUGGCGCAAAAUAUUGACAAAUUACAAAGUUGAAAACCCACGUCAAGCGUCAUUAAAUAAAUGUCACUUCCCGCCUCUUCUAAAUAAGGUAAUGGAUGAUGUCUACAUGGGUAUAAGAGAAAAUGUGACCUUUACAAAAGAGAAGCAACUAAAAACCAGGCUAAGAAUAGGGAAAAAAUCUGGAACUAAGAAAAUGAAAAUUGAAGAAACAGAUCAGUUUUACACUGAGAUAAACUUAGAGUCUAACGUAAAAAUUUAUGAAUUUACUGGACAGCAAAGUAAAAUCGUUGUCAAACUCUGUGGAAAUUUAAGUUACGUAGAAAAUCCAGAUGAUAGAAAUAUAGAAAACUACGAAGAUACUUCUAGUGAACAGAAUAAAAAAAGAAAACCUAAUAAAAAGGUACUUAGCAAGAAGGAGAAAAAGGAACCUAUUAAAAUAUCAAGAAACAUAGAUAGCGGGUCAACUAAAAAUACAAAAGAUCUAGAAAUUAGUUUACACAGUGACAGUGACAUUAUAGAUGUUGAUCUUGAAGAAGAAGAUUACUUUAACAAACAAUUUAAUAAUAAAUCACUAGAACUACCAAUUGACUCGAAUGAAGAAGUGGCAAGAACUGUGGAUGUUAUUGAAAAAGAAAUAUUUGAAAGGAUAGCAAUGUUGGGUAAGGGAGAUAUAGAACUGGAAGACUGUGACAUGAGUGACUCACAAAUAUUAUAUAAAAAUGCCAGUGAUGGCGAUGAGCAUAUGAAUAAAGUAGAUCUAAAUUCGAGGGGACAUUCUGAACGGAGAUAUUUACCUGCAGAACUUUCAAUUAACAAAAUGUGGAAAAUGUACAACAAACAGCUAAAUCUUGAAGCAAAUUUAAAAGUCAAAAAAGGUCCGUUCAGAAAAAUUUUCAAUAACAACUAUAACCUCGGUUUUGGCAGUCCUAGAACAGAUGUAUGCUCGACAUGUAUUCUACUUCUAGAAAAAAUUAAAAGAGAAUCAGAUGAGGCACAAAAGCAACGACUUAUGGUAGAACAUAGGGUUCACAAACUUAAAGCUAAAGCAUUUUUUAAUUUAGUGAGAGAAGAAAGACCCAAUUUAAAAACAUUCUCAUUUGAUUGUGAAAAAAAUCUACCAUUACCAAAAACACCUGAUCAGAUAACUUAUUAUUCCAAACAGCUUUAUCUAUAUAACUGUACUAUAGUAGAAGGUUCAUCAAAGGCUCCUCUGACAACACAAAAUGUAUUCGCCUACUGUUGGACCGAAGACCUAUAUGCCAAAGGAGCUAACGCAAUAGCACAGACUGAUUUGACAGAUAUAAGUACGAUCAGAUUGAUAGCAGAUGGAUGUCCGGGGCAAAAUAAAAACUCGAUAAUGAUAGCGAUGUGUUCGAAGUGGUUAAGUAGUUCGGCACCUGAUCACGUGCAAAGAAUUGAAAUAGUUUUUCCUAUCGUAGGACACUCUUUCAUUCCACCGGACCGCGUAUUUGCUCAUGUGGAAAAGGAUGUGAGAAAGUUGGAGUGUAUAUUAAGACCGGAGGAUUACCUUGAGAUUAUAGGCACUUAUAGCACAAUAGUUCGUAUGGGUUCUGAUUGUGAAGUCCUAAACAUUAAGAGUGGAAUGAGUUCAGUUAUAAAGGAUGUCGGCUCUUGGCACUUCCAAUUUAAACAUUGCAAGAGAUUUUUAAUACAGCGGUCAAAAGAAAUCGGUAAUGUUGUAAUUCAAGGGGAAGUGCACUAUACUAAUAAUUUGGGUGUAUUGAAGAAAAUAACUCGUAAAAAUAAAAAGGCCUCUGAUUGA